UGCGGCGUUUUGGGGGGGAGUCUCACCGCCCACCUCCCCAUUUUUCCCCUUUUGCAGAGCAGCAGAUUCGUCACCCUGGAGCUCCUCACUUACGCCGACCUGGAGACCCUCCGCAGCCAGAGAAUGGGGGCAAUUUCCCGGCCUCCGCUUUCCUCAGCGUCCCACCUCAAUGCCAAGCGUUAUCUCAUCCUUGUCUACUCCGUUGAGUUCGACAGGAUCCACUACCCGCUGCCGCUGCCCUACGCCGGGAAGCUGGAUCCUGCCGCGCUGCACCGGCUCGUCUGCGACCUGAGGGAGGAACUGGCUCAGCUCCGUGCUCAGCGCAAGGACAGUCACCGGGACACCGAGAUCCGGCGUUUGCAGGAUGAGCUGCAGCGGGCGCUGGAGGAGAAGCAGGCACAGGCGGCAGCGCUGCGGCACGCCGAGGAGAAGCUGACGAGGGAGAAGGCCCGGCACUGGCGUGAGCACCGGAAGCUGACCGCCGAGCUGGCAGAGGUGACGGCGUCGGAGCAGAGGCUGCAACUGCAAGUGAAGAGCCUAAUGGCCGAGCUGGCCUCAUACAAGAGGGGCCGCCGGACUCCCGCUGGCGCAGGCCCCCACGCCCAGGAGCGACGCUCUCUGUCCAACACCCGGCUGCCCCCGUCCCGCUCGGCAUCCCGGGAGAGCCGCAGUUGCAGCCAGGGCCGCCCCCAGCCGCGGUCCCCCUCACCCGCAGGUCCCCGCCCGCCACGCUUCGACCCCACCGCCUUCGUCAGGGCCCGGCAGCGCCGGCAGAAGGAGGCCGAGCGCAAAAACCAGCGGAGCAGGGCGGCUUUCGGCAGCACCAGCCUGGCGAGGAGUUCCUCGGGUGAGUGGGGAACGCGAGGGGUGGGUGGGGGGCACCCAGGGUGGGUUUGGAAGGUUUGGAGGGUAAAAGGGCGCCCUCACAGAGCCCCCUCAAAGCCCCCGUUCAGAGGGUCGCCCCUCAGCAAAGAUCCCUCAGAAGAUCCCCUCACAGGGUCCCCCCCAAAGCCCCCCUCAGAGCAUCCCCAAAGCAAAGACCCCUCACAGCCCCCCUCAGAGCAUCCCGCCCUCAGCAGGACCCCCUCAAGGAUCCCCCCUCAUAGAGCCCCCUCAGAGGAUCGCCCCUCAUAGACCCCCUCAAAGCCCCCCCCUCAGAGGGUCCCCCCCUCACAGAUUCGCCCAUAGCAAAGACCCCUCAGAGAGUCCCUCCUCACAGGGUAACCCCACCCCACAAGGUGCCCCCGAAGGUCCCCUCCCAGGCUGUCCCCCCACC